GUAACUAUGGGCAAAUUAAAGUAGGUGUUACGCUUGUCGGGACGUUAGGUUUGUCUGUCGGCGUGAUCUGUCAGUCUGAUCCAUCACUAAUUUUGCCCUUUCUGCUUUUAGCCAAGAUAAUGACACUACUCAGCUUCCGUUCAUAGAACCACUGUACGGAAACUAGUCCACGCAGCUCGAGUAAAUGCAGCCGAUGUUUUACAACCUCACCCGACCCUACUGGCAGUCGAUGAACCCGCUUCGGGCACACAUCCGGAUGUUCCUCACUUUGGGAAAUUCGCAAGACAAAUCAAUGUCGUACAAAGAGCGACGGUUGCUGGGCUACUCCCAACAACAGAUGUUUAACAUAGCCGCGGACGUGGGCAAGUAUCGCGAGUUUGUCCCAUGGUGCAACGAAUCCGUCGUCGUCCGGAAGACUGCUUCGGGUGCGGUUAUCGUUCAGCUAGGUGUUGGGUUUCCACCACUAAGCGAGUCGUACACCUCCACGGUUACUUUGCAACACCCGGCACAUGUGAAAUCGGUAGCACACAGUUCUCAUAUGUUCGAGUAUUUGAUCAAUCAGUGGCAUUUCUGGCCGGGACUUGUUGCCAACGAAAACACGUGCAUGGUAGAAUUCUCCGUGGACUUUGAGUUCAAAUCAGCCUUGUAUGCAAAGAUCGCCGGUCUGUUUUUCGAUCAGGUGGUGGCGAUGAUGGUCAAUGCGUUCAUCACUCGGGCCCGGACGUUACAUGGCCCGGCUUCUAUACCACCCCAGAAACCUGACAUACUAGAGUACUCGAGAUGCAGAGGUUUGACUCGAACAACGAACCACCUGGUCAGUGAUUUUGUGCCAUCUCUUGGACACUGUGAACCAGAAUGUGGACCUGCAGCAACUAUGGAGAAUGCGUAA